GGGGCCGGGCGGUGGCGACGGCGGCGGCGGCGGCGGUGCGGGAGGUGGAGGCGGAGGAGGAGGAGGAGGAGGCGGCGGAGGGCGGCGUCCCUGCAGCCCGCCCGCGCCUGCAGCAGGAGGCCAUGAACGGCGACCGCACCGAGAGCGACUGGCAGGGGCUGGUGAGCGAGUACCUGGUGUGCAAAAGGAAGCUGGAGAGCAAAAAGGAGGCCCUGCUGAUCCUCUCCAAGGAGCUGGACACAUGCCAGCAGGAAAGGGACCAGUACAAACUCAUGGCCAACCAGCUCCGAGAACGCCACCAGUCCCUGAAGAAGAAAUACCGAGAGCUGAUCGAUGGAGAUCCAUCCCUUCCCCCUGAAAAGAGGAAACAGGCUAACCUUGUACAACUAUUGAGAGACUCUCAGGACCGAAAUAAACACCUGGGAGAAGAAAUCAAAGAACUGCAGCAAAGGCUCGGAGAAGUCCAGGGUGACAAUAAGCUCUUGAGGAUGACAAUUGCCAAACAGAGGCUUGGAGAUGAAGAAAUCGGUGUGCGGCACUUUGCAGCCCAUGAGCGCGAAGACCUGGUUCAGCAGCUGGAGAGAGCGAAGGAGCAGAUUGAGUCUCUGGAGCAUGACCUGCAGGCCUCUGUGGAUGAGCUUCAGGACGUGAAGGAGGAGCGGUCUUCCUACCAGGACAAGGUGGAGAGGCUCAACCAGGAGCUAAACCACAUCCUGGGAGGCCAUGAGAACCGCAUCAUUGACGUGGACGCCCUGUGCAUGGAGAACAGGUACCUUCAAGAGAGACUAAAGCAACUUCAUGAAGAGGUCAACCUCUUGAAAUCCAACAUUGCCAAAUACAAGAAUGCUCUCGAGAGACGGAAGAACACAAAAGGCCAGGGCAGAUCCAGCAGCAGUGCUCUGACGGGCGUCCUCUCUGCAAAGCAAGUCCAGGAUCUGCUAUCGGAGGAUCACGGGUGCAGUCUGCCGGCGACUCCGCAGUCCAUUUCUGAUCUGAAAUCUCUGGCGACGGCCCUUUUGGAGACGAUCCACGAGAAAAACAUGGUCAUCCAACACCAGAGGCAGACCAACAAAAUCCUAGGGAAUCGGGUGGCUGAACUGGAGAAAAAAUUAAGAACUCUGGAAGUUUCUGGUUUGUGGAGUCUCCCAGGGGGCAAGGACACCAUUAUGCUCAACGACCCCACUCUGCCCACCACACAGAGGUCCAGGUCCCCACUGCUGAAGUUCGCCGAGCAGCCCACUGAGGACAAAGCAAACCCCAAGAGCGGGGAGGUUCAGACGCAAGACGGAGAUGAAAGCUGUGCCGCCGCCGAGGUGCUGACAGCGCCGGAGGAUGCCGGGAGGCCGGCUGUCAACUCCCCGGCAGAUGAGAGCCAGGGGCACCGACGCAAGCACUUUCAUCCUUCAUUACCCUCGUUACCUUCGGCGGAGGAAGAAGUAAACAGGCCUGGAAGGGAGACCAUGAAACUGACAGAGGAGCAGGCAGCUGCAGAACCGGCGGGGGUCAGGGGGGAGAGUCCCGUGGAGGGACUGAGGGACGAGGCCGGGCCGCCCAGGUCUUGCCAGGACCCCUCGGCAUCCAGCCGGGCAGCAGCCGAAGCGCCCACCCGGGAAGAUGGCCAGGAGGGUGGAGGCCCAGGGAGCACCGUGAAAACAUGAAGGGGAGCGGGACGCGGCAUGAGGACACACGGGCGGCACCGAGGACAGGAAAGGGUGCGCCGUCCGCACAGCUCUGCGAAGCCGCUUUCCCCUCAACACCUCCAGACGCGGCUCCUGUCGCAGACUGAGACUGUCCUGAUGACGCCCGCACAGUGUGAUUCAUUAAAUGCGGGUCCCCACGCU